AUGAAGGUCUUGGCUAUCACAGUGCUAGCCCUGGCUGCUGGCGAAGUACCCAACCUUCGAGGAACCCCCUCUGAGGCAUCUGAGAAGCCUGAUGACCAUGCUGUGGAAGAGCCUUCCAUGGUUGCCUUGGAGAGUGUGGGUGUUGCAGGCGCCACUUGUGAGAAGUGGGUGACCUGCAAGGAUGGUUUCUUCGGCAACAUCCGUUGCAGUGGUUCUCGCUACUGUGAAGUUUGGGGUCCCGCACCAGUGCCACAUGGCGCAACCUGCAAGAAGUGGGUGAGCUGCAAGGAUGGCUUCUUCGGCAACAUCCGUUGCAGCGGUUCUCGCUUCUGUGAAGUUUGGGGUCCUCCAGCAGUGCAGUUCCAGGAGCAAUCCGAAAAGCCUGACGACCACGCUGUGGAAGAGCCUUCCGCGGUUGACUUGGAGAGCGUCGGCGUUGCAGGCGCCACUUGCGAGAAGUGGGUGACCUGCAAGGACGGUUUCUUCGGCAACAUCCGUUGCAGUGGUUCUCGCUACUGUGAAGUUUGGGGUCCCGCACCAGUGCCACAUGGCGCAACCUGCAAGAAGUGGGUGAGCUGCAAGGAUGGCUUCUUCGGCAACAUCCGUUGCAGCGGUUCUCGCUUCUGUGAAGUUUGGGGUCCUCCAGCAGUGCAGUUCCAGGAGCAAUCCGAAAAGCCUGACGACCACGCUGUGGAAGAGCCUUCCGCGGUUGACUUGGAGAGCGUCGGCGUUGCAGGCGCCACUUGCGAGAAGUGGGUGACCUGCAAGGACGGUUUCUUCGGCAACAUCCGUUGCAGUGGUUCUCGCUACUGUGAAGUUUGGGGUCCCGCACCAGUGCCACAUGGCGCAACCUGCAAGAAGUGGGUGAGCUGCAAGGAUGGCUUCUUCGGCAACAUCCGUUGCAGCGGUUCUCGCUACUGUGAAGUUUGGGGUCCGCCAGCAGUGCAGUUCCAGGAGCAAUCCGAGAAGCCUGAUGACCACGCUGUGGAAGAGCCUUCCGCGGUUGACUUGGAGAGCGUCGGCGUUGCAGGCGCCACUUGCGAGAAGUGGGUGACCUGCAAGGAUGGUUUCUUCGGCAACAUCCGUUGCAGUGGUUCUCGCUACUGUGAAGUUUGGGGUCCCGCACCAGUGCCACAUGGCGCAACCUGCAAGAAGUGGGUGAGCUGCAAGGAUGGCUUCUUCGGCAACAUCCGUUGCAGCGGUUCUCGCUACUGUGAAGUUUGGGGUCCUCCAGCAGUGCAGUUCCAGGAGCAAUCCGAGAAGCCUGAUGACCACGCUGUGGAAGAGCCUUCCGCGGUUGACUUGGAGAGUGUUGGCGCGGCGCCACUUGCAAGAAGUGGGUGA